AUGCAUCUCAAUUCCCUCCUCCUGGCGCUAGCCUCCACGGCCAUCGCGAAACCAAGCCCCGCGCCAGCCCGUCUAUGGGCAACACACUACAGUGGCGAUGUCUACGCGCUAGAACUAAAUCACAAUAACUUGACUAUCAAGCAAACCCUCAAGACAUGUGGUGCCAUGCCGAGCUGGCUCACGCUUGACCCCCAAACGCGCACAGUAUACUGCUCCAACGAGGACGGGACAGCCGAUCCAUCCACACACGGCUCAUUGACGGCUCUGCGCGCCGCGCCAGACGGCCAAUUGCGCGAAAUCGCAGUGACCGACGCUGUUGGCGGAGGCGUGAACAGUGUGAUCUACCAAGCGGACAAGGGGAAGAAAUUCCUCGCAAUUGCACACUAUGGUGGUUCUGCCGUCUCGACAUUCUCCCUGCCUAUCAAGAAGGACCAGCCGACUCUUCAGGCCUUCCACUUCAAUCUGACGCACCCGGGCAAAGUGGCGCAGCAAGACUCGUCGCACCCACACGAGGUCUUCCUCGACCCCACCGGGGCGUUCAUUUUGAGCCCCGACCUUGGAGCUGACCUGCUGCGCAUGUGGUCUAUUGAUGAAUACUCGGGCAAAUUGGAGGAGUGCCCGAGCACGAACGUCACGUUCGGCAGUGGGCCGCGACACGCGGUUUUCUGGACGGAGGGCACGAACGAAACAUCUGGUGGCGCGACGCAUGAACGCAAGCUUGCAUCUGUUGGUAAGACGAUGCUGUACCUGGUGAAUGAAAUCGGGGGAACUCUGAUGGUGUAUGAUGUCUCGUAUUCGCGGUCUGGAUGUCUAUCGUUGGAGAAGAAGCAGACGAUUGUCCCGUACCCGAAGGGUGUGAUGCCCAAGGGUGCGACGCCGGCUGGUAUCAAGCUGGUUGGGGAUGCGUUGUAUGUUUCCAUUCGGACGGAUCAGGGAUUCAAGCCGAAUGACUCGAUGGUCGUGCUUGACCGGUCGCCUAAGGAUGGAUUAGUCAAGGUGCGGGACUCUUCGUCCGCGCAUGGCAAGGUGCCACGGACGUUCGUGAUCAAUCGGGCCGGGGAUCUGGUUGCAAUUGGCAACCAGGCUUCGUCGAAUGUGGCGAUUGUGCGUCGAGACCAGAAGACAGGUAAUCUGGGCGAACAGGUUGCUGUUUUACAAGUUGGUGAGCCUGGGAAGGUUGGGUCGGCGGAAGGCUUGAGCAGUGUCAUCUGGGAUGAGUAA